UAGAUAAUGGCACCGUCUCGCCCUUGAACGGUCUACAAGCAUUCCAUCGAAAGUGUAGGGGUCCCAGUCGCAACUGGGAGAUCGUCGCCACAUCGAGGUCGGAUCCUUUGUCUCACCGCAACAUGCUCAAAGUGCCCGGAAGAUACACCUCUCUUUCCUUUCUUUGAGAGUCGUCAACUCGCCGCUGCAUGUCGGCUUGGCCUUACACUGUAAUAAUGGCUGUCUGCAGACUUCGCGGCGAUGGCGCAUCCGCUUGGACCACAGGGGCUUGCUUUACUGGGAACAUUGUAACCAACAAAGAGGAGAUGACAAGUCCAAUCUCGGAAGCUAUUGAGCCAAUGCACUAUGGCUGAGCUGCUUUGACUCAGUCGCAAUUUCGUGUCCGUGGCUUUUAAUGAUCUCAAUGUCACACAUAUCUACUCGAACCAGCCCAGUGUUGGAGAUUGACGAGAUACCACCCGCCGCCAGCAGUAAUUGCUUUAUUUGGAUUUUGGAACCGACAGGCUUGUGGGAUACUGCUCGCUGUCUGCGACACUUUGUGAAGCCCAGCACUAGAGGCCGUUGGUGAAAUUGAGGGUCCGAGAGAUAUCCUAUUUAAUGACUUCAAAAUUGUACCAACCCAGC